AUGGCCGAGCGUGGACCACUGCUGAUGCGGCUGCUGCUCUUUCCUCUGCUCUGCACUGAAUGUUCUGAGGUGGUGAGAGUAGGAGCAGAGGUGACUGUAGUCUGUGGUGAGGUCCAGCUGCCGCAGACUCAGUGCAAAAAGACUGAUUGGGUCAAGGCUGAAAGAACUACAGUGGAGCUCUUCAAACUGGGACGGCCCGGCCCCGAAGUGUCCUCAGAUCUGUCCAGUCUUCUGAGUCUCACUGACUGUGGGCUGAAGAUCCAGGAUGUUCAGACUGAAGAUGGAGCAGACUAUCUAUGUCAACAGUACGAGUCUCCAGUUGGGGCUCCGACCUCUUCUGUUCCUGUGCGUCUGACUGUGGUCUCAUUGACUGAGGAAGAGGAGCAGCAGAGUUCCAAGCUCGACUGUGAGGUCUUCAGUCCUGUGCGUGACGUCAGAGUGAGAUGGUUGUAUCAAGGAAGAGUCGUGGAGGCAGAAAUCACAGAGAAGAGAAUCCCAAACCCGAGGGACAGAUCUAUCGUCAUUGUCCCAGACGACCAUUUUCUUUAUAAAGAAAAACAUCUGUUCAAAUGUGAAGUGAUAAAAGAAGGAAAGAGUCACAUCUUCAGCUUCAUCAAAGAGGCUCCAGGUGAGAGGAUCCGACCAGAGCCCGAGGAUCCAGACGAGUUCCUCACAGAAGGAUCCACAGACUCUGGUCGCACCAUGGCCGGGGUUCUGCUGACCGCUCUGCUGCUGACCCUCGUCUGGGCCUACAGCUCAGAGCAUGUGGUGAUGGGGGUGUGGCUGGAUGGUGAUGGGGUUGUGGCUGGAUGGUGCAGGGGGUGUGGCUGGAUGGUGAUGGGGGUGUGGCUGGAUGGUGAUGGGGGUGUGGCUGGAUGGUGCAGGGGGUGUGGCAUGGAUGGUGCAGCAGACACACCUGUGGCUUCAUGA